AUGGACAGCGGCUCCUUGGCGGCCGAGCGGCCGAAGCGCACACCGGGUCGCCAGCGGCUCCUGUCCUCCGGCUGCGGAGUUCCGGUGCGCCCCGGCGUCUCCACGCUGCCCGGCGGACGAAGCUGGCUAAGGCCUCGAGGACGGACCGCCCGCGCGUCCCGGCUGCUGCUCCUCUUGCUCGUGCCCUCCCCGCGCCUGGCCGCCACCGCCCCGCGUAGGACGCUGGCUGAGCGCUCGCGCCCGGGGCUCGUCAUCCCCGCGGCCGCGCUCGGCGCUGGCAGGAACGCGCUGGGCCGUCUGCGGCUGGGUGCCCGGCGCGUGGCCGCGCUCGUGAGCAGCCGGAGAGAGCUAAGCCUGUCUGCUAGGUGCCAUCAGCUGGAGCCCAGAAAGGGGAACUUGCCCACCUCUGUGAGUCGGCAGCUCUACUUUGACACCCACGCUCUGGUGUGCUUACUUGAAGCAAAUGGGUUUACCAUUCAACAAGCAGAAAUCAUUGUGUCGGCAUUGGUCAAGAUUACGGAGACCAACAUGGACAUCAUCUACAAAGACAUGGUCAGCAAGAUGCAACAGGAAAUCACUCUUCAGCAAAUUAUAUCUAAGAUUGCUAACGUGAAGAAAGAUAUGAUCAUCUUGGAGAAGAGUGAGUUUUCUGCCCUCAGAGCAGAAAAUGAGAAAAUAAAACUUGAACUACACCAGUUAAAGCAGCAAGUAAUGGAUGAAGUGACCAAAGUCCGGACAGAUACCAAAUUAAACUUCAAUCUAGAAAAGAGCAGAGUAAAAGAAUUGUACUCAUUGAAUGAGAAGAAGAUGCUGGAACUGAGGACAGAAAUAGUGUCCCUGCAUGCCCAGCAGGAUAGAGCCCUGACGCAGACCGACAGGAAGAUAGAGACCGAGGUGGCUGGCCUCAAGACAAUGCUGGAAGCCCACAAGCUUGACACAAUCAAAUACUUAGCAGGGUCUGUGUUUACGUGCCUAACAGUAGCUCUGGGAUUUUACCGCCUGUGGAUAUAAUAAAGUGUCUAUUUAAAGAAA